CUUUCCCAAAAUAUUCUAUAUAAAAAGAAAUGAAAGGGUUUUGAAAAUACAGUUGUAACUCAUUAACGUUAGUGUUUUAUUAACUCGCGUUACAAUUAACCAAACGACGAAACAUUUUGGUCAUAUCCUGAUACCAUCAAAACGCGUUUUGAGUACACGUUGUAAUAUUGCAGUGAAGAAAUGAGUAUUAAAUGCAGAUCAAAUCGAACUAGCGUAGGUGACUUAAGUCAAAUAGAUGAACACAAAAAGAAGAAUGGACCCUUGCUUAGACGGAAUGAGCCUAAACUACAGCGACGAACGUCUUCGUUUGAUACCUUCACUACCAGUCCAAUUAUUUUUACGUUAAAGAGUGAAAUGGAUGAACUAGUGAAUGCGUUGAAAACUUUUAAAGAUAACGAUGUAAACGUAACGCACAUUGAAUCACGCCCCUCAUCAAAGAAUUCUGGCGUUGAAAUAUACGUUGAUUGCGAGGGCAAGAAAGGAAGGCUAAGAGAAGUGGUACAUGAACUGGAGAGAUUUCUGGGUAAUGUUCAGAUACCUGGAAAAGAAGAUUUCAAUACCAUUGACCCAAUGACUAGCGUUACAUGGUUCCCAGUCAAAAUUUCCGAACUGGAUAAAACAUCGAACCGUGUUCUAAUGUACGGAACCGACUUUGAUGCUGAUCACCCGGGAUUCAAAGACAACGAAUAUCGGCAAAGAAGAAGGGUAUUUGCGGACAUUGCUUACAAUUACAAGCAUGGACAGCCCAUUCCGAGGGUAAAAUACACCGCAGAGGAAACAAGAACAUGGGGUCGUGUGUUUUCAGAGCUCUCGUCUCUUUAUCCUACGCAUGCGUGCCAAGACUUUCUGCAGAACUUCAAAAAACUUUGUGACCGGGAUAUUGGCUACAGAGUCGAUAAUGUUCCUCAGCUUGAAGAUGUUUCACAGUUUCUACAAGCUCAAACUGGAUUUCAACUAAGGCCUGUUGCAGGUUAUUUAUCACCUCGAGAUUUCUUGGCGGGCUUGGCAUUCCGUGUGUUUCAUUGUACUCAGUACGUGCGUCAUCCGGCAAAUCCUCUAUAUACUCCAGAACCUGAUUGUUGUCAUGAACUACUUGGUCACAUUCCGAUGCUAGCAAAUAAAUCAUUCGCAAGUUUUUCACAGGAGAUCGGGUUAGCUUCUUUGGGAGCGACAGAGGACGAAAUUAAAAAUCUAGCGAAGUUAUAUUUCUUCACUGUAGAGUUUGGACUCUGCAAACAGAAUGGCAACACACGGGUUUACGGAGCGGGUCUACUCUCCUCUAUUGGCGAGCUUCAGUAUGCCCUUUCAUCAGAGGCAAAAGUAUCUAGAUUUAAUCUUGAAAUGGUAAUGAAGCAGGAAUGCCGAAUAACGACUUAUCAAGACUGUUACUUCGUUUCACAAUCUUUCGAAAAUGCAACACGUGAUCUUAGAGAGUAUGCCUGUACAAUACGCCGUCCAUUCACCGUUCGGUAUGACCCGUACACCCAGAGUAUCGACGUUCUAACAAGUACGACUCAAGUUGCUACUAUCAUCGAUGAUUUGAAGAGCGACCUCUAUGUUUUAUGCAAGGCUCUCAAAAAAAUGGAAACUGCCGACCAAGAGUAAUAUUUAGAAGAUGAAAAGGAUAGUUACUUUAUUUUAGUUACGUCGUUUAGCUUACAGUUACCUCCCAUCCCUUAAAUUUAUAGUAAUUCUUAAAUUGAUAGUGCAGGUGAUUACAUAAAUUAUUUGUGAAGAUAAAAUAAUGUACUAAUGGACCUUCCGGAUGAACUCAACAACAACUGACCAAUCAGAACGUGUUAUUUAGGGUCUUGUGAGUAAGCGCUCCGUCCCAUCAAACACGCAAGAAGUUUACGUUUCGUUUUGUUCCACCAUAGCAAAGACUAUAGAAUUGCAAGAAGUCCGACUGUCUUUUUUAUAUACGCAAUGGAAAGUUAAAAGAAAGUACUGCCACGGGAUAGGGGGCGCCCUAUUAUGGCAUUACUUUUUGAUAUAGGAUUACGUUCCAGUGAAACCACGAGAGUAGAACCUUUUGCAGUUUUAUACGCUGGCCAUAGCAACAAUAAGGAGCGGGUUACUUAGAGGAAAGAUCCAUUAUGCCAAUAGUAUCAGAAUUAAAUCACUGAGAAAUAGGAGGUAUGAACAUGUGACUAUUUUAUACUCAAUAUAUUUGUAUACGCCAUGUUUUUAUUUCAAAUAGGCCUACAUAAACUUAUAUCUAUGAUAAACCUCUGUUAUAAUGUUAAUAUCCAAACACUGAGCUGAACAUUUUUAAAAGUUCAUUAAGUAUAUUAAAUUAUCAUUGACAGUUUUGAGACGCUGAGCUGCUUCAAUGCUUCAGGUUCAACGCUGUACCAUAUAAAUAUAUGACUAUUUAGGCCUACCUAGUAUAUACUUUAUGAGCUAUAUUACAUUCACUAGCUCUACUUAGGUCUACGUAUGUUUACUUUAAAUAUAUUUGACAAAAUAAAAUACAUUAUUUUCAGUCCGACUUAUAGACUUGUAUAUAAUAACUUCAACAUUCAUUUGCUAUGUUUCCUUAUUUUAAUGACAGACUUGUUAAUCUGUAAAAAUAUAAUAUUUAAUAAAGUAUGUUGUAUAUAAUAUGUGACCACGAAUGCUAUAUUAAUUUUGUUAACGACAGGCCUACUAAUACUUCACUCGAAGCUAACUCUUACAUGAACACGAAAACAUUGCCUGAAGAUAAAACAGGGAAUUUUAUUUACAAAUAAAUAUAUAUUUUAAAAGUUGA